CAAGAACUGCGUAACUCGGGAACAGACUGUAGUUUGACAGGUCCGCUCAAAAGCGAUAAACAAAAGCUAUGAGCGAGCUAGCGAAGGAAAGCGAAGUAAAUCUCGAACCAGCGGUUCAGGAAUGCUCGGAGGAAUUUUCUGCUUCAGACCCCACACAACAAUACCAACAGGCGCUAAAUAAGGCUAUUGCUCAAAUGGAAAUCAACCAAAAGGAACCUUGGCAUCGGGACCCCGAUAGUGGCACAGAUAACGAAGCGGACCGAUUUAAUCCCAAACGAGAGCUGCUGAGAUCCUGGCUUAAUCGAUUAUUUCGCAUUAAAAUGACGGACGGCAGGAUACUGAGCGGGUACUUCGUUUGCACUGACGCUGAUGCGAACGUUGUGCUUCAGGCAACGAGCGAAUUCACCGAAAUAGGAGGGGAAGAACGUGUUCUCGGGUUGGUGAUGAUACCGGGCCGGUACAUAGUUUCGAUAGAAGAACGCAAUCCUAGAUUUUCGUGGUAAUGGAUGAAUACAUGACUGUUUUAUUUACUACA